UGAUCGUCCCACGAGGUCUAAGCUCACUCUCUCUCUCCUCCCUCCGUUCCCCCAAAAGAAGAAACCCACCCACCAUGGCCAUGGCUUUCAAGAUGGCGACUACAGGGAUGUGCUUAACGGAUGAGUGCAAGAACUCGUUCAUGGAGAUGAAGUGGAAGAAGGUGCACAAGUACAUAGUUUUCAAGAUCGAGGAGAAGUCCCGGCAGGUCACCGUCGACAAGGUCGGCGGUGCCGGCGAGAGCUACGACGAUCUGGCGGCCUCCCUCCCGAAAGACGACUGCCGGUACGCCGUCUUCGACUUCGACUUUGUCACCGUGGACAACUGCCGGAAGAGCAAGAUCUUCUUCAUUGCCUGGGCGCCGGCGGGAUCGCGGAUCAGGGCGAAGAUGCUGUAUGCGACGUCCAAGGACGGGCUCCGGAGGGCGCUCGACGGGAUCCACUACGAAGUUCAGGCGACCGACGAGGCGGAGAUGGGCAUGGAUGUGAUUCAGGACAGGGUCAAGUAGAUUUCGAUUCAUCAUUCAUUGAAUUAGCAGCUAAUGGGGGAAAACAAUGGUCUAAUCUUGUUUUUGGCAUCUCGAGGGAUAAUGAUCAUCGAAUACAAUAAUCUUCCACUCAGAGCUAUUGUUCAUUUCUAUUGGUCACCCAAUUCUACUAAAAUUAUUGGAAAAUUUUAUUUGUACCUCACAUUUGUUUCUUAAGGCUUUGUCCUUACAUUAAAUGUAAGUGUAAAAAUGGUAUCAUGUCACUGUUGCAUUUACAUUUUAUGUUAGGUAUAUUUUUAGGGUACAAAAUGAGGUACAAAGUGAGAUGAGAAUAGCACUAUCCAAAAUUAUUUGUUCACUUUGAUUAUUUAUUAAAGUACUCCAUAAAAAAAUUUGAUCAUUAAUUACAUAAAAUUCAGUACAUUGU